CCAAACUGAGCAAGCAAAAGCGAAGAUCGGGAAGGAAUCGAUGUAAAGUCGUCGCUGUGUGCAGCCCGUGAAACCGUGCAUUUCCACGGGCUGAGAAGUGAUGGAAGGGAUCGGUGGGGGAUCGGUGAGAGAGCCGUGCUGCUGCAGCCUCUUCACCACUUCCCGCAGCUAACAACACAACACAAAUACAGAGACGAGGAGAAGCCGAAUUCCCCUGCUCGGCUUCAUCAAAGGAUCCUCACGCUGCUCUCCUCCUGGACGACGAGAGGGAGAGGAGAGGAGGAGGAGGAGGAGGUGGUGGUGGUGGUGUUGGUGGUGGUGUAUGUGGGAGCAGGAGGAGAGACUCUGCAGUGUCUUGGCAGCUGCAUUAGUGCAUCUCCCACCGUCCGCGAUGCCUCCACGGCCAAUGCCUGCCUCCUCCGCGUCCACUCGGCAACACAGACCGACAUGAACUGAGCCACCCGGACGUUCACACCAGCUCGCCGUAUGCCCCGGAGACAGUCCGGAGAGCUUCAUUCACGCACCGAAAACGCUGUGACGAGACUUGUUAAUGGAAAAUGGCGAUAGGCAAAGGGUCUUGCAGCAUCGUCUGCUUGGUAUCUAUCCAGAUUAUCUUGAUUUUCAGCGCAUCGUGGCCUGGAGCGGCGGGUCUCACGUUCCCCCAGCAAUACACGAUAAUGCACUGGGCCAGGCGUAUCGAGCAGGAGAUUGACAGAGUCUUUCAGCACAUCACUGGAGCUCAGCAGUUGAAAGGGAUAUACAAUGAAGAGAGACGACGGUUUAGUCUGGUGAAGAAUCAGCCUCGGAAGAUUGUGGAGAAGGUGGCCUCAGACAUAGAGAAACUCCUGGCUAAGAAGCGCAAAGCACUUGAUAGGUUGGCCAGUGAAGCAGAGCGGCUCCAGCGAGAGCAUCUAUGGCAGGAUGGGAUCAAGGAGCUGGACAUGGCUUAUUAUGACUCAAAGGCAGAGCUGGAUUAUUAUUCCAUGGAUGGAGAAGGAGAGGUGGAAAAUCCUUCGCACAUCAAGCUGGAGUUUGUGUAUGAUCCAAACUUUAAGAAUAAUGUCAACUAUUCGUACACAGCCGUUCAGAUUCCCACAGAUAUUUAUAAAGGAGCUCCAGUCAUUCUAAAUGAGUUGAACUGGACGCAGGCGCUGGAGAAAGUGUUCAUGGAGAACAGUCAGGAGGAUCCGUCAUUGCUGUGGCAAGCGUUUGGGAGUGCGACAGGAGUCACUCGCUACUACCCAGCCACACCUUGGAAAGCCCCUGAUAAAAUCGACUUGUAUGACGUCAGGAGGAGGCCCUGGUACAUCCAGGGAGCCUCAUCCCCCAAAGAUAUGGUCAUUCUUGUUGAUGUGAGCGGCAGUGUCAGUGGACUCACCCUGAAACUGAUCAAAGCGUCAGUGAUGGAAAUGCUGGACACUUUGUCUGAUGAUGACUACGUCAACGUAGCCAGGUUUAACGAGAAGGCCGAGGCUGUGGUUCCCUGCUUCAAACAUCUCGUCCAGGCUAAUGUGCGCAACAAAAAGAUCUUCAAGGAUGCAGUGCAGCAAAUGCAGGCUAAAGGCACCACUGACUACAAGUCUGGAUUUCAUUUUGCCUUCAACCAGCUGUUAAAUAAGACAAAUGUCCCUCGGGCCAACUGCAAUAAAAUAAUCAUGCUAUUUACCGAUGGAGGAGAGGACAGAGCUCAGGAUGUCUUCAUGCAAUACAACUGGCCCAACAAAACGGUUCGAGUUUUCACCUUUUCUGUGGGUCAACACAACUAUGAUGUCACACCUUUACAGUGGAUCGCAUGCACCAAUAAAGGUUACUAUUUUGAGAUCCGUUCCAUCUGUGCUAUAAGGAUUAACACCCAGGAGUACCUGGACGUGCUGGGACGCCCCAUGGUCCUGGCAGGCAGCGAUGCCAAGCAGGUUCAGUGGACCAAUGUGUAUCAGGAUGCUUUGGGUCUUGGCAUGGUAGUAACUGGGACUUUGCCUGUAUUUAAUCUCACCAUGGAUGGAAACUCACAGAAUCAGCUGAUAUUGGGUGUCAUGGGAGUCGACGUGCAUCUGGACGAGAUAAAGCGACUAACACCACGGUACAAUCUUGGAGCCAAUGGAUACAUAUUUGCCAUUGAUCCAAAUGGAUAUCUUCUCCUUCACCCUAAUCUUCAGCCAAAGCUUGUGAACCUCCCUGAGCCUGUGACACUGGACUUCCUGGAUGCAGAGGUGGAGGAUAGCAAUAAAGAAGAGAUCCGGCGGCAAAUGAUCGAUGGAAAACCAGGUGAAAUGCAGGUCAAAACUCUUAUCAAGUCGAUUGAUGAGCAAUACAUCGAUGAGGUGUACCGGGGCUACACAUGGACUCCUAUCAAUGGUACAGAUUACAGUCUUGGUCUGGUAUUACCCCCCUACAAUGACUACUACAUCCAGGCAGACCUGAGUGAUGUGAUGCUACAGCUCCAGUAUAUGCAGUCGUUGCUGCCCAGCUCCUUUGAAUCCUCAGGUCAUGUGUUUCUGGCUCCAAGGGAAUACUGCAAACGUCUGCAUCUGUCCGACAACAACACCCAGUUUCUGCAGAACUUCCUCUCGCUCAUGCUGGACAUUUCCCCAGAAUCUGAUGAGUGUGACCAAGGCCUCAUCCACAACCUGAUUUUGGAUUCUAGGAUUAUCGGGCAGCUGGCCUCUCGUGUUUGGAAGAACAAAGACUUGAAUUCGUAUGGCUUCCUGGCUGUAUUUGCGUCCACUGAUGGAGGAAUAACACGUGUUUUUCCUAACAUGGCUGCUGACUUAUGGGAUGAGGAUCCUGAACCCUUCAAUUCCAAUUACUACAGACGGAGCCUCGACAACAAAGGUUACAUGUUCAGAGCUCCAUCGAGAUCCUCGUUGGACGACCCUGCAGCAGCAGAAAAUGGCACCGUUGGAAUUCUGGUUAGUUCAGCUGUUGAGGUUAAUUUAGGAGGCAAACUGCUCAAACCCUCAGUGGUUGGAGUGAAGCUGGACUUGGAAGCGUGGGUGGACAAGUUUAAGAUCCUGGCUAGCAACGUGUCUGACAGUCGGCAGGGCUCACACAAGUGUGGACCAUCCAGAAGUUGUGAGAUGGACUGUGAAGUAAACACCGACGACCUCCUCUGCUAUCUCAUUGACGAUGGUGGCUUCCUGGUGAUGUCCAAUCAGAGAGAUCACUGGAAAAAGAUUGGUCUUUUCUUUGGUGAUGUGGACCCUUACCUGAUGCACGCACUCUACAACAACUCAAUCUUCACUCGUCGUCAGUCUUUCCACUACCAGUCUGCAUGUGAACCAAUCAGCAGCAGCCACACCGGUGCAGCACCCAGGGGAAUCUUUGUACCAUCCAUCGCUGACAUCCUCAGCUUGGCCUGGUGGACAUCCACAGUGGCAUGGUCUGUGACCCAGCAGCUACUGUAUGGACUGGCGUACAACAGCUGGCUCUACCAAGAUGAUGUCCUGGUUGAAGGUUUUGAGAUAAGGGAAAGCAGCUGUGUGACCAUCCAAAGCCAGUUCUACUUUACAAACACCACCAACUCCUAUAACGUGCUGCAGGACUGUGGAAACUGCUCACGGCUGUUCCAUGCGAAACGGAUAGAAAGCACCAACCUCCUCUUUGUGGUCGCUGAGACGCUCCCCUGCAGCUCAUGUGAGAUAGAGAGAUUGACACAGGUCAGGACAGAGUUUCAGGAGGAGAAUCCAUGCGAAGUACUGAGCAACGCACGAUAUCGUAAAGGCCCGACUUCCUGCUUUGACUACAGUGCCUUAGAAAACACGUCAGAGUGUGGACGGGGUCAUGCUCUGCAGUCCUCCAUAGGAGUCCUUCUCUUCAUUCAGCUUAUUCUGCCUCUUUUUCAUCUCUGACACUUGCAAACACUCUAACUGACAUCUUUCAUCUCUUUGGGUUUAGGCUCGGAUCUACUGAAGGUUAGAUCAAACAGAAACUGCAAAAUUUUUAUUUUUUUUGAUCUACAAACGGCCCACAGUGCAUUGGUGCUUGGAAAAAAAAAACAUGGAUCAGCUCUUAGUGUUUUUUGCCUUAUUGCUCAUGCAUUUGUUGGUGUUUCAGGGCUCGAGUGCAAAAUAUAGGAAGAGAAUGUGUUGAGUGUGCAUGCUACUUAAACUAGAACAAGCAUGUUUAAAAUUUCUGCACACAGGCUCAGCCAUGUAAACGAUUACCAAAAAGUCAGGGAGGAAACUGAAAUGUACUUUUAACAGGCCAAUAUAUAAUAGACAACUACAGUUAUAGGUUGGAUUGAGGUGGUGAAAUUAUAAAAGAUCUAAAAACUCAGUUGGAUUUAUUUGCUUUGUGGUACAAAGCAAUAUUUAUUAUUGAAUGGAAGUAUUAGCAUCAAAAUUAACAGCAGAAAGGACCCUUUCUCACCAUAUCAUGCACUAUAUUAUCAGAUUAUUAUUGCUGAUGUACAUGUUGGAGCAUUUUAGUGUUGUUGCUUAUCAAGAUAAUUUCCACUACUUUGUAUACUGUUGAGUAGUUUUAUCUACAACAAUCAUUCUCAGUAUUUACUACAGUAGGAGUAGAAGCAUUAAAGUGUUUAAAAUCUGUCUUUCCCACCAAACCAGAUUGUAUUCUUGAGAGAACAAACAGGUUGAAGGUAUUUCCUGAGCA